CCACAACAUGUCAAUAUCAUCAUCAUCUUCGACCUCCAGCUCAACAUCUUCUAACACUUGUGCCUCAUCAUCAACCACCACCAUGGAUCAGGCACCACUCACAAGCAGCAGUCCGGCGGUCAAGUCCAACUCGUCCGCCCUGACGACCAAAGCAUGGGCACUAGGCUUUGUCGUGAUGGCGGCUACGGGCGUCGCCUUUGGCUUUGCCAUGCAGAAGGCCUGGGUCUUUGAUCCGUUCAUCGUCCGGCGGCAGUUUGCCUUUUCCAACUUUAUCAUGCUCAAGAUGUUUGCAGCCGCCGGCGCGACAUCGGCCUUUGUGCUUGCGGCGCUGUCGCUGGUGGCACCCCAGGCGUUUGCGGCGACGAUGAAGGGCGCAUACACCAACGAUCGCGGUGUUGUCUCGGCCUUUAUCGGCGGAGCUCUCAUCGGCAUGGGCGGCUUUGUUGUCGCCGGCUCAUGCCCCGGUACAGUCUUCUCGCAGCUCGGUGCCGGCGUCACCACCUCGCCGCUCACCUUUGCCGGCGGUCUUUUCGGCGCGCUCAUCUACGGCCUCGUCCAUCCGUAUCUCUCUGGAGCGAGCCGCAAGCCUGCGGCGAUCCAGGACUCGGAGACCGCGCAUCUGUCCGAGAGCGAGGGCAAGGCCGCGUUCAACUUUCUGACCUUUGGCCAGCCGGCGACGCCGACACUCGACAAGCAGUUCAACGUGCCGUACGCAGCGAUUGCCAUCCCGCUCGGCCUGGUGUUUGCUGGCAUGGUCAUCGCGCUCGAGAUUGUUGUGCCUGCUAACGAUGAUCUGCCUGCUGGGACAACGAUCGAGUCCGACUGGGUCCUUGCCAAGCGGGCGUGGCCGCCAUGGGCCUCGGGCCUUGUCCUUGGCUCGAUGCAGCUCCCACUUGCGCUUAUUCUCAACCGCACUCUCGGGGCGUCGACCUCGUUUGUCUCGCUCCUGUCGUCGCUGAUGACGCUGCUGCUGCCCAACAGGGCCAUGAGCUCGUCAUCGAUGUCGUACUUUAAGGGCAAGCACAUCUGGAGCAAGUCCGGCUUCCAGCUCAUCUUUGUCAUCGCCGCCAUUCUCGGCUCGUUUUCCUCAGCAAGCCUCGGCGAUUCCUUUGAUGAGCUCCAUGGCGUCCAUCCCGCUGCUGCCUUCUUUGGAGGCGCCAUCAUGCUCUUUGGUGCACGACUCGGCGGCGGCUGCACCUCUGGCCACGGCCUCUCCGGCACUGCCAAGCUUCAGUGGGCUUCGUUUGCCUCAUUUAUCGGCAUGUUUGGCUUUGCUGUCCCGCUCGGCCUACUCUGGGAGUACGCAUAGUAGCUCCAUCACUACGAUAAACCCUCUCAUCGUCAUC